AUGUAUGGGAUGCGGCCUGCUGGAAAUGAUGCAGGACUGGGUCUCAGCUCCAAUGCGGCCGCCUAUCGACAAGCGCCCUCUGUGUCCAGGAACGGCUUUGUCCCUGGCUCCUUGGGUGGCGACAUGGAGCUGGGCGGCUACCUGUCCAGCGCCAGUCGGCCUGCUGUGGAGAAGCCCAGCCAGGUUCGCAUAGAAACUCCUGUACAGAGACAAGCUUUCCACGACGGGGCCCCGCCCCCUGGCUACGAGCGGCCACGCUACGAAGAGCGAGGUCCAAGCCGAGAAGAGGCAAAGGGUGCUGGGCACCCUAGGCCCAGCGAGAAGGUGCAGGAGACCCAGCCUACAAGGCAGACAGGCACAGGAGAGCGAAAUGCUCAAGGAUACGGCCCGCAAGGUGAGGGCAAGGGCGCCGAGAAAGGCAGAGGCCGUGGAGGAAAGGGUGGGCAAAAACAGCCCCUCUACGAGGUCCUGAAACAACAUAAGAAAGCUGAAGAAGCUAUCGUCAAGCUGAUGCGGAGCCAGGGCUCUGCGAACAUCAAUUCGCACGAGCUAAGAGCAAUGAGCGAAAGCAAUUUGCCGAUCUACCACCUGUACCUGGACUUCACGAACUAUUGUAGUUCAGGUCAGAGUUUUGCGCAGAUGAGCGACGAGCAGAACUGGGAUGCCCUGGCCAAAGCUUUGAAGAAGCAGUUCGAGAAGGACUUUGGCGCGGGCCAGAACCAGCAGAAAGCAUCGCAGCAGCGGCCAAACAACACGCUUGGUGACUACUUCAUAACCCCGGACACCAAGCCGUCCAAAAAGACGACGAAGGUCAAACAAGCGGAGCAAAGUGUUGCAACCAACACCAACGCCAAGGCGACGAGGGGCGGCGCCGGGCGUGGUGGUCGGGGCGCUGGCACCAAAGCCAAGGAGUGCGAGCGAGAACCCCUGGAGGAGGACGACAUGGCGGGGUCGCAAUGGGCCUGCCCAAGGUGUACACUCAGGAAUGAGCAAAUGCUGUCAGAGUGUGCAGCUUGCGGGACCAACAAGCAAGCUGCCGCCAUGUGGGCGGAGUUUCCGCCGCUGGGUAGCUAG